AUGCCAAUCCUCAAGGACGCCUUUGCGAUGGCCAUGAAGAUCCCCGAUGGCGAGGGCGGUGGCGGCGGUGAUGAAAGGGAGCACAUGCGCUACGAGGAGUUCGAUAAGUUCCUGUCCUCGGCGAAGACCACACAGGUGGAGGAUGAGCCUUACUCCCUCAAGCUUUGGGCGCUCAUGCGGAUGCGGCCAGACUUGGAGGACCAGGAGCACCACGAGGGGAACCGCAGGAGAAACGCUUUGAUUGCCCGCGAGCUGGAGGAGGAGCUUGGCAAGAGAGAGCCCCUCGAACGCCUGGCCAACAAGGGCAUCUACCUGGAGAAGACCCCAACAGAGGGGGCCGUCGAGCGCGCCCACCUGACACACACGCUAGCACACGGCCUUGCCCACAGGCCGGCGCUUGCAGAGCUCUCGCACAAGGGGGGUGUUGCGCCAGACGAGCUCGAGAAGGCCCACCGCGAUGCCCGCAACUACCUGGAAGGGACCCUCUCUCUGCGGCCGACGAUCGACACACUCCAAGACAAGGGAUACCUAGAGGCGGACGAGCUCGAAGAGGCAUUCACGGAACUGGUUCUCGAGUACAAGCACGACGCCACCGCUGCCGCCAGCACGGAGGACGACUGCGGCUCCGGCUCCAGGCUGCUUCUGCCGGCCAGCCGCCUUGCAGACUGGGCGCCCGUCCGAAAGAUGCUGCGGUCCGGCACUGCCAUGGAAGAAGACGUUGCCGCUGCCACGGCUAAGGCACAGAAAGCUUCGUUUCACCGCCGCGGUCAACAUGUCCAGGCAGCCGGCGGAGGGGGGCAAGACGGCAAGGACGCCGCAAUGAUUGAUUUCGUGGGGUUCCUGGAGUUCAUUCACACCCUGGAUAUCGCGGUGGACGGUCUGGGUGCUGAAGCUUCGGUGGGGAAGACGGACGACCACGACGACAAUGACCCGGAGGCGGCGGCGAAACACGCCCGCCGCCUGGAGAUGAGGCGGAAACGUGCUACCCACGCCGCUGAAGAGGACAGCUACGGGACCUUGAAGGAACAUCUUCUCGCGCACUUGAAGGCGAGGCCUAAGAAGGACGACCCGGAGACGCAGAGGAUCGCCAAGGAGUUCCACAGCACCGAGGCAGUCGACCUGGAGAAAAGCCUCCUCAAGAAUCGCUUGGAGGGCCACUUGCGAUCCCGCGCCGCCGAGUCGGCAGUCGGACGUUCCAAGGGUGGGGAGCGGACGGCAAGGAUCAAAGAGCUAGAACUCGCCAUGAACCAGCGCAUGCUGAAGCACAGCCUCGCGGCCAGCGGCGGGGAUGAACGCAGAGGCGGCGCCGGCGUUGGGUCAGCGGCGGCGACGGCAGAGGAAGGCCUGGAUAUGGAGGUGACGAGAGAGGCCCUCGGGGGAAGCCUGGGCCGACGGUCUAGCUUGGAAGAGCUCACGAACCAGGGAAUAUUCCAGAGGACGACACCGCUGCAGCAUGGCCUGGAGCGACAGUUGAUCGAGCAACGCCUUUCAAGAUCUCUACGAAAUCCCCUGCGGCCUUCCAAGAAAGACCUGGUUGAACACGGUAUAUACAUCGACGCCACUCCCAGGGAGUUGCAGAUGGAGCACUACUUGGCUACUCGCAACCUCAAGCACGGCCUCGAGCGGCGGGAGUCGAUCCAAGACCUGAAGGACCACGGCGUUUAUCAGGCCGAGAACAGUCUGUCCGCGGCCCACGAGAAGCUGCUGAUCAAGGCGCUCCUCCAGCGUAAGCUGUCUCACGCAUUUUCGAGGGAGGAGAUUGACCGCCUCAAGCAGAAGGGCGUGUACAAGGAGGCCGAGCACGAAAAGCUAGAGGCGGAACGCCUUCUGGUCACACGCCAGCUUGCCCGGCUCGUCAGCAAGCGCCCGGACCCCGCGCAGCUGGAACAGGAGCAUCCGGAGCUGAUGAAGGCCGGGACCCUGGCCCUCGUCUUCGAGGAGAGGGUCAUGCCCCGUGCCGCUGCCGGUAGCGGUGCUGGUGCUGGUGCUGCGACGGUCGCGGAAGCUGGUGAAAAGGAGGGGGAGGUUGUCGCUGAGAGUGAGGGCGGACCGGAACAUCUGGUGUCGUUCGACGGGCUAUUGACCUGGCCGGACGUUCAGGAUCAUCUUGCCGGAGAGGGCGGAGAGGACACCAAGCACGAGAUGGCCCGGCACUUCGAUCUGUGCGACUCGGACGGCGACGGCUACAUUACCUUUAGCCAGUUCCUCCGCUGGGUAGAGCUAUGCGACCUCGACCCCGACGACCACCUCCAGGCGGGUGACGUGACAGACUCGAACCUGGAUGCCGAGUACGCGCGGUUGGAAGGCGCCAGCGGAAAGGGGGGGAUUACCCUUGACCAAGCGCUGUCAUACCCACUCGUCAAGCGGUGGGCCGCCUCGGCAUCGCUCGAUCGCGACGCCCUUGAAGCCAUGUGGGGGAUCGGGGCCAGCGAGGGGGGCUCUGCCGAGGAAAACACGAAGCAGUUGGAUGGUUUCAAGUCAUUCUGUAGGCAUUGCGAGGCGAGGUCAUCCGCUGCCCACCAGAUGCGCCACAAGGAGCUCUUGGCCGACGCUGCAAAGAAGGAAGCCAAGGCCAAGGAAGACCUCCGCGCCAAAAUGGCCGCCAAGUUGAGCGCCCGGCCUGACCUUGACAAGCUCAAGGAGAGCAGGAUCUACCGGUCCGGCGGCCUCGACCCCGCCGUGGUCCACUUGGAGCGCAACCUUAUCGCCAUCAGCCUAAAGGAGCAGCUGCUGGCGAGACCGGCGAUCGAGGACCUUGAGAAGCGGGGCAUUAAGCCUAAGGACGGAACCAAGGUCCGACUCGACCACAACAGCUCCAAGCUUCGUGAGGCCCUGGAUUCUACCAUGCGGCACGACGACGCAGUUUGGAGGUCGCACCCGUCUGAGCUAGUUGCUGGGUCGCGACAGGAGGUGUCGGCUCUUCUGGAGAAGAGCCUCUCGAAGCGUCUCGAGAAGACGCUGCUCACGAACAAGGGGAUCUAUAUCGACGACACCGACGCGAGCUAUGCUCUCCUCGUGCACCAGGUCCUCCGAGCCCACAGAGGGUUCACUCUUUCCUCGGCCCAGCUCAUUGCCAGCCUCUGAAACGAUGCGCCUCGCUGUUGGAGAAUUGAGACUGAAUAAUAACCUCUCGGACACUACCACUCACUACAACUGGUGGGCGGGCGGCACCGAGGCUUCUGGUGUUUUUGGGGGGGGGCGAGACGAGACUUCUACCGGAAGCGGUGGACGUGCUUCCGUACGAGAAGGGGCUUGUCUCUACAUAUGCUUAUCUAGAAAUAGAACUGUCGUUCACUGGUAAAUCGUGCCGUAUCUGUUUUUGCUUGUCGUUG